CUAUAGUCCUCAAUGGAUCUGUCUUGCUUGCGUCUGCCUGAGACGAAGCCACAAAUACAAUAGAGUAGGACCACCACCACGACAGUUUCGCUCUUCUCUGCACUCGAACUCUAAAUCAAUGGCUUCCUCACCAACUUCCUCGACUCAGUCCACCUCCGAUUCCGACAACUCCACCACUCAAACUCCAUCACACCCGGUUAUUGCUAAUGAAAAUGGCGCUCAUGAUAUGCUCCAGAAAAAGACGGAAGCUGGCGCGAUCGACCCAUUUAAGGAUAUGAACAGCAAGGAGUACAUUGGAAAGUUCAAGAAGUAUGAAGCUGACUACACUCGUCGAUUAAAGGCAAAGUACUUCUCAGAUAAGAAUAUCUAUGGAGGCAACAUUUUCGACGUAAAAUUGACUAUAGAUGGCGAAAACAUAAAAGCAAGCAGGUGGCCUGGCUAUCAAUCAUAUGCAGAUCCAGCGAGUUUUUUGGCAGAACAGAGCAGCAAUGGGUCAACUAGUGCAUCAGAAGCCUCAAACGAUUCAAACGGGAAGCACUAAAGUAGAGCAGUUGACAGUUCUCCGUCAUAUCCACCAAUGGUACUGCCUUUAUAAAGUUACUAGUGUAUUCCAACUUGGAGAGACUAUGAACUGAAACUUGUCUAUAAUAUUUUUGUCUGGGGAAAAAUAUGGGGGUGUGAUUCAAGAAGACCUCAAAAUGUGGCUUUUCUUAAUCUAGUGAGACGGUUUCGCUGAUACCAAACGGCUAGAAGAAGCAUAUAAUGAAUAUUACUUCUUUACCUCUUUGUCCUGCUUGUAGUUGUUAUAUAUUGAUGGUUGUUUUCUUAAAAAUGGCA